CUUUGACGUCGGUUCGCGAUUUCGCCACAAAUGUGGCCAAAAAUGUGACACAAAUUGAUUUACUUGUAAACAACGCGGGACUCGGGAUGUGUCCCGAAUGGCAGACCAGAGAGGGCUAUGAAAUGCAGUUUGGCACCAAUUACCUGGGCCAUUUUCUGCUGACUCUCUCAUUGUUACCACUAUUGAAAAACUCACCGAAAGCUCGCGUAAUAACCGUUUCGUCCAAUACUCACAAAAUGGGAAAAAUUAAUUUUGAAAACAUAAACCUCCGAAACGGGGCCUACAGUGGAGUCACGGCUUACACCCAAAGCAAAUUAGCGCAGGUAUUGUUCACCAGAGAGUUGGCCAAACGGUUGGGCCCCCAGAGCGCAGUCACCGCCUAUUCACUACACCCGGGAACCAUCAAAACAGAUAUAUCACGCUCUAUGGCCACCGGGAAAGCCAUUUACGACACGUUUACCACUUUGUUUUACUUGAGGCCACCAAUGGGUGCCCAGACGACCCUGUAUUGCGCGCUGGAGGACAGUCUGGACAAUGAAUCUGGCUAUUUCUACAAUAACUGCCGGCGCGAUCAGCUCUGGGCCCACGCGAGCGAUGAGAAUACGGCCAAACAGUUAUGGGAUUUGAGCUGUGAUUUAGUUAAACUCGAGGAUCACUUCAAACUCGCAGAAAAGCCUAUCUCUUAG